CCCGCCUCCAUUCCCUCAGAGGGAGGGAGUGAGGCAGGGAAAGCCCCUCCUGGCUGCGUCCUCCUCUUCCUGUGGAGGGCCCUCGCUUCCCGCCCCGCGGAUGGGAGAGCCGCCGCGCCCGGCCUGAGCUUGGCCUCGCCUCCAGCGGGGCUCUUCGGGGACGUUGGCGCUUCGGCCCUGUGGCGGGGCUCCCGCAGUAUGGUUGAGUAUGUCGUGGAGUAUGAUUAUGAUGCAGUACAUGAUGAUGAGUUAACCAUUCGUGUUGGUGAAAUCAUAAGGAAUGUCAAAAAACUAGAAGAGGAAGGAUGGCUAGAAGGAGAACUAAAUGGGAAAAGGGGCUUAUUCCCUGACAACUUCGUUAAGGAAGUUCAGAAAGAGACGGAAAAUAAAGAUGACGAUUUGCCAGUCAAGAGGGAAAGGCAUGGAAAUGUAGCCAACCUUGUCCAACGCAUGAGCACUUAUGGCCUUCCAGCAGGAGCAUUUCAACCUCAUUCCCAGGGCAAAGGCCUCAGGAGGAGAUCAAAGAAACGGCAGUGUAAAGUUAUUUUUGAGUAUAUUCCUCAGAAUGAAGAUGAGUUGGAGCUGAAGCUGGGAGACAUUAUAGACAUUCAUGAAGAGGUGGAAGAAGGCUGGUGGAGUGGAACACUAAAUGGCAAAUCAGGCUUAUUUCCUUCUAACUUUGUAAAAGAGUUGGAGGUAAAAGAUGAUGGAGAAACACAUGAAGUCCUGGAUGAUUCAGAGUCUGUUUUUGCAGGCCCUCCUUCUCCUCUGACUUCACCAGGAAAUGGCAGUGAGCCUGGACCUGUACCAACAGCACAACCAAAGAAAAUCAGAGGAGUAGGGUUUGGCGAUAUUUUCAAAGAUGGCUCAGUAAAACUUAAAACAAGACUGUCCAGUAAUGAUUCAGAAGAGAAGAAGCAGGAUAAACCAUUACCUACGCAUUCAUCUGGACCAAAAGUAACACAGUUUUCUGGUGUUAUGAAAUCUGAAGUGACAACAGAGUUAACAAAAGGAGAAUCUGAAAACAAACAGAAAGCUAAGGAGUAUUGCAAAGCCUUGCAUGCCUAUGAAGGUACCAAUGAGGAUGAACUUAGUUUUAAGGAAGGUGAUGUUAUUCAGAUAAUAAGUAAGAACACUGGAGAUUCAGGAUGGUGGAAAGGCGAACUCAAUGGCAAAGAAGGAGUUUUCCCAGACAAUUUUGCCUUUCAGAUUACUGAACUGGAUAAAGAUUUCCCUAAGCCAAAGAAACCACCACCUCCUGCAAAAUCUCCAGGUUCAAAACCAGAGCUUCUAUCUGGAGAGAAAAAGUUACCUCUUCUUAAGAAUGAAGAAAAAGAUGAAAAAGCUGCUUUGGAUCAGAAAGGAUCUAAACCAGUAGCUCCUCAAGUACCUCCCAAAAAGCCAAUCCCCCCAAACAAAGUCAAUAACAUCUUAAGACCUGGGAUUCUGCAUCCAAAAUUGCCAGAGAAACCGGUUUCACAGCCACCAGUAUCAAAAACAAAUGGGGAAGUUUUUUCCUGGCGACCAAAAUCGGAAAUUGAACCUACAGCAAAAUUUAAAGAUUCUGAACAGUUACCAUUGAGACCCAAAUCGGUAGAGGUGGACUCAGUUGCAAUAAAGAAUAUGAAAGAAACAGACCUCAUAAGUUUUGAUGACAUUGUAUCUACCUCAGAAAACCUGUCACAUCCCACAGCAAAUAGGCCAAAGAUGCCUGGCAGGAGACUUCCUGCUCGUUUCAAUGGCAAUAAUUAUUCUGCUCAAACAUUAAGCAUGGAUAAAGCUGUGAAGGUGCAUAAAGAAGAGGAAGAAAGUGCCAAACUAAAGCCAUCUGAGAUUAGAAAGUCGUUUGUAUUUACUUCACCACUUCUGUCUUCGAUACCAAAAGCAAAUUCUGUUUCUGGGGAAACAAAACUUAAACAAGAAAUAGAUGAAGGUGGAAAGCCUUCCCUGGAAGAGCUGAGGUCUCAGAUCUUUGACCUCCUAAUUGUGGUAGAAACAUUAAAAAAAGAACAUGGGAGAGAACUGGACAAAUUAAAAAAAGAAUUGGAGGAAGAGAAGAAGAUGCGUAGCCACCUAGAGGUAGAAAUAGAAAAACUCAAGAAAGCAGUCACAACUUCUUGAAAGAGCUAUAGACCACGGGUCUCUAUUGUGCCAGGAGUUCAGUCUAAAAAUGAAUGAACUUGUCUUUUUAUUUCAAAGAAACAAAUUGUUGCAUUCCAUUUUUUAAAAGAGAAUAAAUUAAUCUUAUAUUCAGUGACUGUAAGAGAAGAAAUGAAUAUUUUUGUUUUGUUUCCUGCCAAUAUAGGAGAGGCCUUAUUUCUUACUGUGCUGGAAUAGCAGACCUUUAUUUUCUUGGUUUGCUUGAAAUACUACUGAAUCUGUAUUUAAAAGAGAGAGAGAAGAGGGGUUCUAAAUAGAUUUUUAUUGAAGAUCUAUAGUAUAAUUUUUAAGAGACCUGUGCUUUAAUUAAGGCAAUAUAUCUUUGCAAAGUAAUCUGUUUAAAAAGUCUAUAGGGAGGCACAUAGUGUAGCCUUGUAGUUAUUAUAGUCAAUACUUUUACCACCAUGCUAAAGGGAAUAUGAUAUAUAUAUUUCACAUUCCUAUCCAGGGUUACACGAUUGUGCCUGUCAUCAGUGAGGGUAUUAAUAAUAUACUGUUUUGUAGUUCAGGAUGAUCAUGAAAGUAUAUUCUUAUUAUGAAGACGAUGAGUCACCAGACCUAUGCCAUACAA